GCCAUAUUUACAACAAACUCUCAACAAGUAGCAGAAAUUAGAAAUUUCUUUAGGCUCAAUUUUUGCAGUAUCUACACAAUGGUUGACGAUAAAAAUGGUACAGAAAUGCUUACUGAUGCAGAGGCAGAGUUAUAUGAUAGACAAAUUCGUCUUUGGGGAUUGGAAUCACAAAAAAGAUUACGCCUGGCUAAUGUUCUUAUAAUUGGAAUGAAUGGAUUUGGUGCCGAAGUAGCAAAAAAUAUCAUUCUUGCUGGUGUUAAAUCAGUUACUUUUUUAGACCACAGAAAUAUCACGCCUGAGGAUUCAUGUUCACAGUUUUUAGUUGAUAGAAAUGAUCUAGGAAAAAAUAGAGCAAAAGCAUCUGUUGCAAGAGCACAAAAUCUGAAUUCCAUGGUUGAUGUAAAAGCUGAUGAAUCAGAGGUUGACAGCAAACCUGAAGCCUACUUCCAAAAUUUUCACGUUGUGUGUGCAUCUGAAUGUACAAUUACGCAAUUAAAGAAGAUCAAUAACAUUUGUAGAAAAUUUAACAUUAAAUUUUUCGCUGGAGAUGUAUGGGGGACUUUUGGAUAUACAUUCGCUGACUUAAAUACUCAUGAGUAUGUCAUGGAUGUGACACAAACUAAAAAGUCAGAUGACUCAUCUGAUAACAAACAAAGAAUGGAAAGUUUUGUCAUUACCGUAAAAAAUAAACAAGUUUUUGUACCAUUUGAAAAAAUUCUUCAUGCUAAGAAAUUACCUAAAGAUUCUGAAGUUUAUCACCUAUUUCAAGUUAUGUUAAAUUAUCGUGAAAAACAUGGGAAAGAUCCAUUACCCAGUGACCGAGACAAUAAUCUAUUGUUGGAAGAAGCUAAACCAAUUAUUGAGGAAUAUAAUCUAGGGGAUAGUAUUAAUCAUCUACUUGAGGGAGAUCUUUAUGCUCAAGUUAGUCCAGUAUGUGCCAUAGUUGGUGGCGUAAUGGGCCAAGAAAUAAUUAAAGCGGUAUCCCAAAAAGAACCUCCUCAUAAUAAUUUAUUCUUAUUUAAUCCACAAACAUUUUGUGGAAAAAUAUUGCGGCUUGGACGUUUGUCUUAAGCUGAUAAAAGAGUCCUAGAAUCCUGAUUCCAGUCCCUCAGGUAAUAUUUUCUACUGUCAAAUAAUUUACGGAAAAAUAAAAUUUUCUGUUUUUUAAUAUUCGGAGAAAAAAUGUCUGAUUAUCAAACUUACAUUAAGUAAAUCUCACAGUUAUUUACAUAAUACAAAGCGAAUUGUACAGCAUUCUUCAGUAAAUAAUUGAUUACGACUACGAUUCAUAGUGUCAUGUUAUGUUAUCUGUCGGUUUAUCUAUCGAGCUUCUGGCUUAGUGGUAUUUACCGUGAGUCAGAGUAAAGAAUGUUAUAACCCUCACAAUCUUGUAGAAUUGCUCAGGUAUAUUUUACUAGAUCGAUAACGACACGUUAAUGCUUUAGGAAUGUUAAUAAAAAAGCACUGCUAUAAUCACA